GUCACAUUUUGGGAUGUGUCCCCUGGUGAGCCUGCUGCAGUCUCACUUGUGUCAGGAGAGGGGCUUUGCCUUGUGCGGGGUGUGCCGUGUGCUGCUCUGUGCCGUGUGCUGUGCCCAGCGUGUGGGCAGGUGGGCAGCCCUGCCCACUCCCGCAGUCAUCCUCCCUCUCCCUGGCACCCAGACCCCGGCGCUUCACAGGCGAUCACUGCUCACAGUUGUGUUUUCCAGCUGGUCCCAAAGUCCUGAGUCACUCUGUCGUUUCCAUGGAAACAGCCUUGCUGGCGGGAAUCAGUUUUGGGGGUAGAGGGUGCCGGUAGCUGGACUGGCACCAGGCAGGCCUGCGGGAAGGACUGGCAAGGCUCAGGCACUCCUCCAGUGCAUCAUCUUUGCGCCAGGGCUUUUACAAAGGCUGGAGCAGGCACCUCUGUUGCACAGACCCUCACACCUUCUUCCACUCCCUUUUCCCUUCCUCCCUGCCAUGGGGAAGCAGAGAGUUUCCCUGGCAGUGGUAACGGAGCUCAGUAUGAGCCCAUCCAGGUUGAGGGUACAACUUCUGGGGAGCUGGUGAGAGAGGGGGCAGCCUCUGCCUUUGGAUGGCAACCAAAAAGAGCAGGGUUUUUUGACUGCCCUGUGAGAGGGCCUGAGGAACAGCACUGACAGUAUCAGCAACCACAAGGGCUCCUGCCUGAAGCUCCCAUCACUCCUCAGUUGCCACCUCCGGGGAUAAGGGAACCUGCAGGGAAGGGUUGGGGCAGGAGUCACGGCAGUGCCCAUGUGGAGAUGCUGUGGGAACCCCCCACGAGGACGAGAGUGCCACAGUGCCAUGAGACACUGCCCUGCAUAGCACUUAGCUGCUUUUGGAGCAGAGGAGACCUGUGAGUUGGUACUGACCUCUGCAACUUCCCCACAGACUCCAGCCUGCCUGGCCAUGCCUGAACUCAGCUGCCAGUGCAGCCUUCAGUGCCACGGGCUGGCUGCAUGGCUCCAAAAGCAGGUAAAGCCCAUCACACCUAGGAAGACCAUGCCCAAAGCAGGAGCCCCCGGUCCCUGCUGCACAAUGGCUGUCCAGCCACAUCCUCUGCUCCUUGCACCGUGACUCACAGAUGCCAUUCAGCUUAAUUCAUCACCUCCGAUCUCCCCGGCACUCCUGGGCUGUCUUGCUGGCUUCUCGCCUGCUCAUCUCCCUCAGAGCAGUGCUGGGAGUCAGUGAAGGAAGAGGAGGAGGAAGAGGAAGGCAGGUGAUUACGCAUUCGCUUCUGCUGGCAGGUGCACAGGGUGGGGGAGGUUGCACUGCCUAUGACCAUCCUCUCCCUUCCUCCAGGCUCAAGGCUGCGGGAAGUGGGGCAGGGGAGAGGAAAGGCUCAGCACCUUCCUCUUCCCACAGACAAUGCUCCUGUCCCUGUGCCAGGCACUGGCUGGCCUCCUGCUGCACUUAGAGCCGUUUGCCGGAUGCUGUGUAUCCCUUGUGGACAGCCUGGUCCCAAUGCGGCUGCAGGCAGCUGCACAGAAAUGCAGGCAAGGCAGCAGCAUGCAGACUGGCAUGCUGUGACCACGAGGGGGUUAGGCUUGGGAAAGGGGCAGUGGUAAUCCCAGCACAGUGCCAAAAGAGCCCACUGUGCCUUCUAGCAGGCCCCUUGCAGUACCUGCAGUGGAAGGUGUGAGUGAUGUACCCCCACACCAUGCUCCAUCUCAUAGUCCCAGCUGCCUGGAGGGACACACUGAACUCGGCUCCCAUCCUUGGGCUGCAUUUGCUCAUCAUUUUUGGUGGAGCUGAGCUGGAGACAGAGCAGAGGGUGAUUUUGACUGAGAACACUUCUAGGACAGAAACAUCUACAAGGCCGGCAUUUCAGAUGACUCCCAUGGUGUGAGGCUGAGGAGCCAAAACGAUCCAUGCCUCCUCACACAGGAUCUCAGAUGCAGCCCCAUGGCCCUCUCUCCAGCUGCUGUCUGAACUGCUGGCCCUUGGUAUCAGUGCCUGCAGAGGAACAGGCCAAUUCAAGAACAAGGUUCCUCAGGGCAGGACUGGGAGUGCAAGCAGCUGUCCUGCUGUGCCUGUGUGCAGGACACGUUCUCCUGGGGCAUGUUGGCUGCAGUCCACUGCUCAGCCUGCCCACUCCGAGCCGUGUGGAGCCUGGCACAGCUCCUCCUUGGCAGGUGUUCACACCAGCCUGGCUCUGGCUGACAGAUGAACAAGGGGCAGUGGGAGUAAAAGUGAUCCUCAGUUGUCCUGGCAGCUCCCAGGUGCCAUGUGCUUCUGCUGCCGCAGGAGCUCCUUCAAAGCCCUCAGCUGCCAGUAGCCACCACCCCUGGAGCCCAGGGCCGUAUUGAGCAGGAACUGCAGCCCCCCAGGGAGAGGCAGUGAUGGGAGGAGGCAGGAGAGCCAGUCGGGAGGUGAGAGGAGGUUCUGGCUGCCUUUAAAAGCCGCAGAUGAGACAUCAGGGAGGGAAGCCUUCUCCCAAAACCUUCCCCUCCCUGGCUGCAGCUCAGCAGAUGGGCAGGGCACACCCCAAGGGUGUCACAGGGCAGCAAAGACUGCAGCUGGGCUAUGGUUCAGCACUUGCUCAGUCAAGGAGGUGAAUCAAUGCUCCGUUUUUCUCCUCUGCCGUCUGAGACGUUUGAGACAUUGCAAAGGGGAAUGGGUCAGUGUGGGUGGAGAACCUGAAAUGAUCACAGCCAGUGAGUGAUCUGGUGGGCAUUGGGACCAAGAAGGCUUCUGGUCUCUGGUUUGCCUUUUUUGGGGAGCCGGCAGCAAGUUUCUGCUAUAACCAGGACAGUCUGAGUCUCAUCUGCUUCAGCAUCCAUCAACAAUGAAGCAAAGAGUAGGAGCUGAGGUUGAGUGUGAAGGAUGCAGUGUGGUUGGCCAUCACUAGAGAGCAGGAAAGCAUUCCCACUGCAGCUUUCACCUAGGCAACAUGCAGAAGACACUGGGCCAGGAGCUGCCAGCAGGGAUUCUCCUGUCCUGUUCUGCCUUAGCACACCUGGAAAAAUACUUUAUCCAAGGGAUAGAAUAUCCCAUGUGAACACUGGGGCUGGGUUUCCCCUUUGCAGGGCGGGUAACCCCAAUCCAGCAGCAGCAAUAGCCAAGCAUAUCUGACUUUGAUCCUCCAGCCAUGUGCCACAAUCCUUGGCAGGCAGCAGUCCAGGUGAAAGCAACCUGUAUUCAAAGCAUUAUUUUGAGUCUAAACCACAGCUCUUUGUUCACAGACACAGGGAGUUCUGGUGAGGGGCUGCAUGCAGCAGCUGUGGCAGACCCCCUGUCCUGGGGUCCUGGUCUAAACCCUUGCUCUGAUGAGAGGUCUCUGGAGUUCAUAGUUCCUGAAGCUUCCUGCCUCCACAAAUUAGCAGGGGCAAUCAGUAAAGAAUAAAAAUAUUAAUUAAAAAAACACAAGGCUUUUUUUACUCACCUGCAGGUCUGAGCUGCCCUCCUGGUGUCACUUGCUGGGUGACAGGGUCCCCCCAGGGAGUGGAACACAUUGAGGAUAUAGGAACAACACACCAUGGCAGCUGCUAUGGAUUCUGCAGGGACCAAACACCAGCAGUAUUGCACUGCCCCAAGCCCACCAGGGAUUUCAGUGUGCUCUGGGUUAGAACAGCCCUCACAUGCUGAAAUCCAUUGCUGGCCCACUGGUCUCCCUCAGGGACCUGGUACACGCAGCAGCAGCACUGGCUCUGACAGUCCCACCCACAGUGACCUGUGUGCUGGGGCUGAGCAGUGGACCAGGCACUCACCAUGAGUUUGGGGACAGCCUGUUGUUUUCCCUGGGGACCCACAGAGAGCAGGGAAGAGGAAGCAAUGGCAGUGAUACCGUGGGCUCUGCUGGGUGGGGAGCAGAGACACUUGGGUCUUGUCCCUUUGGUUUGCCUGAGGUGGAUGGGCAGGUGAAUGUACCACACUGCAGGAGGAGGGACAUGGAAGGGAGAUGGGCAAGGUAAAGUGUGUUCAAAACCAUUGCUAACACUGGUGUGUCUCCCACACACAGGUGUUUUAGAGGAUGAAUCCCAGAAACUCCCAACAAGCUAUGUCCUUUCUCCCAGCCCCAACGAUCCCCUGAGAGUAAUAGGAUGUGGAUGGGAAAUGUCUGUGCUUUGGACAGCAGCAGGCAGUCUAUGAACCUUAUUUGACACCAAGACGACCUGCGAAGAAGCUCCAUGAAGGUGACCAGCCAUGCAAUGUUCCUGGAAGGCUGUACUCCUCCUAGCCUUGGCAUCCAUUGCAAUCCAGUACACAGCAAUCCGGACCUUCACUGCCAAGUCCUUCCACAGCUGCCCCAUCCCUAAUCCUGUGAACUGCAGCCUGAGCCAGGACACCGAUGUGGCUGACAGGCUGUGCGAUGAGAAUCCCACUUUCCCAUAUAACCUCUCCAGAAAAAUUCAUGUUCUCAUCCUUGCCACCACCCGCAGCGGCUCCUCAUUUGUCGGGCAGCUGUUCAACCAGCACUUUGAUGUCUUCUAUUUAUUUGAGCCCCUCUACCACGUCCAGUACACCCUGAUCCCAAAGCUGACCCAGAGCAAGAGUACGACAGACAGGCGGGUCAUGCUGGGGGCCAGCCGAGACCUGCUGAGGAGCCUGUACGACUGCGACCUCUACUUCCUGGAGAACUACAUCAAACCCCAGCCUGUCAACCACACCACCGACCGCCUCUUCCGCAGGGGAGCCAGCAAGGCCCUGUGCACACCACCUGUAUGUGAGUCCCUGGGAGCUGUGGAUCUCCACUUGGAGGAGGGAGACUGCGUGAAGAAGUGUGGGACCUUGAACCUGACGCUGGCCACUGAGUCCUGCAGAGAGCACGGCCACGUGGCCAUCAAAACCGUACGGGUGCCUGAGGUCAGUGACCUCCGGGCCCUGGUGGAGGACCCGCGGCUGAACUUGAAGGUCAUCCAGCUGGUGAGGGACCCCCGGGGGAUCCUAGCAUCCCGGAGUGAGACCUUCCGAGACACCUACAGGCUGUGGAGGAUCUGGGAUGGCACUGGCAGGAAGCCAUACAAUCUGGACGUGACCCAGCUCACCACAGUGUGUGAGGACUUCUGGAACUCUGUGUCCACCGGCCUCAACCGGCCACCAUGGCUCAAGGGCAAGUACAUGCUGGUGCGGUAUGAAGACCUGGCCAGGAACCCCAUGAAAAAGACUGAGGAGAUCUAUGAUUUCCUGGGCAUCCCCAUGGACAGCAACGUCGAGCGCUGGAUACAGAACAACACCCGAGGAGACAGGUCCUCCUCCAAACACAAGUAUGGGACGGUGCGCAACUCGGCAGCGACGGCGGAGAAGUGGCGCUUCCGUCUGUCCUACGAGAUCGUGGCGUUCACCCAGCACGCCUGCCAGCAGGUGCUGGCGCAGCUCGGCUACAAAACUGCGGGCUCCGAGGAGGAGCUGAAGAACCUCUCCAUCAGCCUGGUGGAGGAGAGAGACUUCCUGCCCUUCUCCUAAGGCAGCCCCAACGGGCCUGGUUUCGAUGCGUACUGUUUCUAACUGAUGCCUUAUUUUAUUUUCUUUCCUUUUGUUUCCCCCUCUUUCUCUCUCUUGUCUUUUUCUCUCCAAAAUUUGCACUAAACCUUGAGCAGGAAUCUCAACGGCCGAGUCCAGGGGAAGUGACUGCUGCCCCUCAAUACAUUUUGGAUGCCAGGAAGAGUUUGGUCUCUCCAAGCAAGAGCUAGGACUCUGGAUGCAUAGCAAUGUUUACAAAACACACAAAAUGUAUAAAGCAACCUUCAAGCUUUCCAAACCGAAGGGUAUCUGGGGUACUGUACUUUUGCACUGUUUACUUUUACAAUGUAAGAGGUAAAUAUAAAUAUAACUUAUGAAUGGUGUCAUCCCCUCCAGAAUAACUCCCCCUGCCCCCAGUGAGCAGGUUGGACUGAAAGUUGAAAGUGGAACAACCUCCUCAUUUUUGAUCUCAGUGCGACAUGUCUGUCUGUUGAAGUCCUGUUAUUGGGCUGGGCAGUUGGUCAGCUGCUCCCACCUGGUUGUUUGGUAACACCUGUGAUACUUCUUUGUGCCAAAAACCUCCACAAGGAAAAAAAAAAAAAAAAAAAGAAAAAAAAAAAAAAGGAAAACAGUGAUUGGGUCAUUUGGUUAAAGCCCAACACAUUUAAUGCUUUAUUUCUGUGUUUUCUGUAAAUAAAAGUGCAAUAAAACUGACCUCGGGGCGAACUUCAGCUGAAAGACCUCGGUGAGUACACUGGGGCGGACACACCACCAGGCAAACAGCAGCAUCUCCUGGUUUGCCCAACUCCUGCGAGGCUGGGAGCGGGCAGGGCAAGGCUGGGGGAGGAGACACCACAGCCGCCAGGGCAGCAGGGAGCUGCAGCCACCUCCUUGGGCAUGUGCAUGUUUGCAUCUGAAGUGUGUCAAAAUGCAAGCAGUUAAGCCAAAAGCAAGAACCCUUGGUUACUUACUGACCUGAAAGCUUGUUGGUUUGCAUGGGGGCAUGGGGCUUGCUGAAGUGCCUGACUCCAGAGUGCUAAUGGUACCAGCACAGUGCACCCAUUCCCAUCAGGCUGCCCUCACUGUGCCUGACAGUGCUGAUACUAGUGUUGGCAUGGCCUGCCCUGGAGGACAGGGAAAGUGCUCUGGUGCAGGUCAUGAAGCUGCCAGAAUGAAAAUGAACGAAUGAAAUGAUCCUGGCAAUACACAAGUAUUCCUUCACGAGCUGCCUGUACGACACCUGGGCCUGUGGGCUGGGCAGGUCAGAAAGCUGCUGAAUGGGGGAGCCAGGCACGCAGGGCAGGAAUACUGAAAGCCUUACACAAGACGUUGCUGGUCUCCUUGAUCCCUGUCUGAUGAAACAGCUGGCCAGUUCCUCCAACUCAGCUGGCAGAGUCCCAACAGUCCAGCCCUUGAGACAUGUCCUGCAGACCACAAGCAGCUGCAGAUGGGAAGCCACUGGGGCCAGUCUCCAGGGUAUGGAGGACAACAAUGGCCCAGCAGUUUCCCAGUUGCUCCUGGAGCCAGGCAGGGCAGUGACCCACAGAGACAUGAGACCACAACUUGUGACAUCUACUCACAGCUGCAGAUGCCCAGCUUUGGGCCCACUCCUGGCCCAGAGGUGUCUGAGCCACCCACAACUCACCUACCUGGGCAGGUCUUCUCUCCAAAGGUCUCUUCCGAGCUCUGCUGCCCACCAGCUUUUGCUCCACUGUGACUUGGGAGAAGACUGGGUGCUGCAACUGCACACAGAGGGAUAGGACACUCUGCCUGAGACAAGGCAAAGCUGUAGCUAGAGGUGAUUUUGCACCCUUCUUUCACCCCUUAAAAGAUCUCUGGAGGAGCAGCUUGUUAGUGGUGUUUUGUGACUUGGCUUAAUGUGGCAAACCAGCUGGGCUGCAGGAAAGGUGAGAAGCUGUGAUGUACCCGAGAGCUUCUCGUCUGGGUUCACAGCUCAGGCACCUGUACAUCAUCUGUGCUGUCUGCCAGGCUACAUGGAUGGUUCCAGCUCUGUGGAAAGGAAUGGGGGGAUAGCGUGCACUUGCUGGGGGAUGGGCACUUCCCUCAUCUCGCUCCCCACAGUGGCCAUAGGGGCAGCCCCUGGAAGAGACCGCAUCCCCAGGUGUCUUCACCUUCCUGUCACUGCCAAACCCGCUCCUGCCGCCAACUUGGUGCCUCCCAAGCCACACUGCCUGGCUGAGUCUGCCAGCGAAGAUGGAGGAACGGGGCAGGUGGCAGAGGUGGCUGCAGAUAGCCUUACUGGUGUGCUGUGUGCUGCUCUUCUCAAGCAGCUGGCAGCAAAAUGCCAACCAAAUAAAUGGCUUGAUUGCCCUGUUAUUAGUUACUAAAUUAAUCCUUUUGUCAGCACUUAACAAAUGCUGAGCUGUUGGCUCCUGGCCUCGACCCAGUAAAAGGGACAUCCUGUCUUGUGGCUGAUCCAGCACUGCCCGGCUGCUGAGCAGCAAUGCUCCCUGAGGGCUCUGCAUUCCCGGGAGCACCGAGUGACUCUGCCCUGGGUUAAGUGCCCGUGGAGCAGAUGAGGUGGCUGGAGUUGCUGGCUGUGCCCCCCAGCACCAAGACUGCCAGCCAGCCAGCAGAGGGUCAGGCUGCCCCAUGGGGGCUUGCUGCAGCUCUGGGGAGGGAUGUCAAACCGCCAUCUCCCGCAGAAAGAGCAGGCUGCUGUGAGGGGAAUUUGCUUCCUCAGCUGGGAAAAGUGGCUAUGCAAACCUGCCUGAAGGAAUAGCGGCUGUAGAGGCAAAAUUUCCCAUCUUCAGCUGCUGAGAUCCCACUUUCAGGGCUAAGCCAGCUGUCCCCAGCCUGAAAGCCCUCUUAUGCACUGGUCUUUAAACCAACACAAAAAAUUGAAUUUAGAAGUCUUAUCCAAACUGUUCUUACCAUUCCAAUCAGGAAAGGUGCCUGCAGCAAAAUAGCUUUUGAACCGCAGUUGAAAGCUAUGUCCUAGUUUAAGCAGGGAUGGAGAUUCAGCUUUGCUUGGUGCCUCAUCUAGAGCCCUUAGGGAAGAGAUCUAAUUUCCCAAGGAAUCUCUAACAUCUUCCUUCAACUGUGCUUCCUCUCCUCAUUUCCCCCCACUAGGAACAAGAGCCAGCAUAAUCAUGGGUUUUAUCCUCAAAUUUUACUGUAAUUAAAAUACAGAGAUGCAGAAUAUUCCCAGAAACACACUGCAAAACAAACCAAGCAAACAAAUUCAGUAGGAAACCAAUUACAGACAAUGAAAUGAUGAAGAACAAAAGUGUUCUCUGGAGCCCAGCACUGUGCACGGGACCGUGUGGCCGCAGUUUUGGGUUGCCAAAGGCCUCCCCAGCUCCUACAGAAGCAGAGUUGGGCCCUGGCUCUGUGGCUCUCUCUAACUAUCUCCAUAUUCCCACUCAUGCUGUUGUUUUUACAAGGAUGACUUUGCAAUUGAGACAAGGAAAUGACCCACCCACAGGGGUAAGAGCCAGCAAGGGAACCCAGAGAAAAAGAAGUGGGUUAAGAUCUUCCACACACAAAACACAAGGAGACAGAGAGGGGUGGAAGACAUGCACUUCUCUCCCAGCCAGGGGUGCUGCAAGGGCAAUCACCCUCUGCCCUCCCAGACACUGCAAGCGUAGAUGUUUAAUGAUGGUCUCAGCAAAAGCUUUGGGGAACUCCAUCCACAAGCAAGACUGAAAGCUAAAGGAAGGAUAAAAAAGUAAAGGCUAAUGAGACUAAAGUCAGGGGAAAGGGAGGAGAGGAUGCACUUGUUGGUCUCCUUUCAGCCAGGCAAUGUUUGUUGGGCACAGGGAACAGCCAGGCAAGGUGGGACACAGGGCUGUGAACAAGGCCACAUCCCAUCUCCACCAUGGGGGAGACCCAGCCCCAUCGUGGGAAGAUCAUGACAAAAGCCUGGGAGAGAUUUGGGAAGAGUGGGUGGUAAGAAGGGAACUCAUCUGAUGCUUCAACCCUCCAUUGAUCCAUCUAAAAGGAAAUUGCUAGCAAUCAUCAUUACUAUGGAAACAGGGCAUGAGCCAGGCAUGUACCACCACCACACACCAAAACCCACACUGACCCACUCCCCUUUCUGUGCUCUUCCCUAGGAGAAAUGCCAUCACAUUCAUCUUCUGAUUCAAAGCCUGUCCUAAGAAACAAAUUUCUUCCAUGGUCCUAUUUUCUUCCCUCACU